CAAACUUCCCUAGAUAUCCCUCCCAUCCCAUGCAAACUGAGCGCCGCGUGCUUAACUAGGUCAAGUCAAACGCUUAAUCUCAAUCGGAUUAUUGGAGGCUAUAUACGACGAUCAUGGCAGACGUCAAUGGAAGUACAAGCAUCGGAAUGCCGGCCGAUGAACAGGACAAUAGGGAACUUCUCUCGUCGGAAAACGCCGUAGAUGCGUCUUCUUCGUGGAGGCUCCUUGCUAGUGAGUUCCAGUUGCCGGAACGUAAAUCUUCCGAUGAUCGUUCUUUUUUCGGUAUCCAACGCCUCUUCCUCAAUCAGAGGAAACAAGGAAGGGUUGCCAAGUACUAUGAAACGCAAGAAAGGCUUCUAGAGGGUUACAAUGAGAUUGAAACUAUGCACGAGGAAGGUGGUUUACAAGGAAUGACCGAGGAUGAGAUGAAGCAACUUGCCAGGAAUGAGAGUUGGGCUGUUACAAUCUCAAAUGUGGCUAACAUGGUGCUAUUUGUAGCCAAGGUUUAUGCUUCCAUUGAGAGCAGGUCACUGGCGGUCAUAGCUUCAACCUUAGAUUCUCUAUUGGACCUUUUAUCCGGUUUCAUUCUUUGGUUCACUGCCCACGCAAUGAAAAAGCCAGAUCACUUUCGCUAUCCUAUUGGAAAACAUCGGAUGCAACCUGUGGGCAUUCUUGUCUUUGCAUCAGUAAUGGCAACAUUAGGAUUGCAAAUCCUGCUUGAAUCUGGUCGGCAACUUGUGAAUAAGACCAGUCAUCAAAUGGGAAAAACCGAAGAAAUGUGGAUGAUUGGCAUUAUGGUUACAGUAACGAUGGUAAAGUUUGUGCUGAUGGUUUACUGUCGUAGAUUCAAGAAUGGCAUCGUGAGGGCCUACGCUCAAGAUCAUUUCUUCGACGUGAUCACUAACUCGGUUGGACUUGUGGCGGCUAUCUUGGCAGUCCGUUACUACUGGUGGAUUGAUCCUACCGGGGCUAUAAUAAUAGCACUUUAUACAAUUAACACAUGGGCAAAAACAGUAAUCGAGAACGUGGAAGCUUUGAUUGGAAGAAGCGCUCCGCCAGAGUUCAUUGGGAAGUUGACGUUCCUGGUGUGGAAUCAUCACGAGAAUAUCAAGAACAUAGACACGGUCCGGGCUUAUAAUUUCGGGUCUCGUUACUUUGUGGAAGUUGAUAUUGUGUUACCAGAAGAAACUGCUUUAGUGCAGGCUCAUGACAUUGGAGAAACUUUGCAAGAAAAAUUGGAGAUGUUGCCUGAAGUUGAAAGAGCUUUUGUUCAUAUAGACUUUGAGUUCAGUCACAAGCCUGAACACAAGUGCCAUGUCUGAUUGAUAGA